AGUAUUUAGCAAAUGACGGUCCUUUCUUUUCGCCUCGGGGAGGAAGAAUCGGGCUCCGGGGAGUGACUCCGCUACACGAGUCGGUUUAUGCAGGUUUUCGAAUGUGAUCUUUAGCGCCUAAGAAUGAAAACUAGGGCUUUCGAGGAGUAAAAGGAGGUGCUCAUCUUUUGGGGAUUUCUGAAGCAGCGUCAUGGAUCGGAUCACGGCGGGCAACGAGCUCGCCUUUAAGAUAGGGUUCUCUGGUCACAGCGGGCACCUUAGAAUGGAGCCGCUUCCUCCAGUUGAAGGCUCGCAUCCUUUGAAAUCCCUUCCUGAUUUUAUACUGCCACCUGCAUUCCUUCCCGAAACAAAAGAAACCGUUAAAAAACAUCUAGAGGAUACUUAUCUGUGCCCAGCGUUGGAUUCUGAGGAGUUUUCUGCUGAGAAAGCUGGUAGAAUGUGGGAAUUUGAUUGGUUUGAUAGGGCAAAAGUUCCAUUGGAACCAUCACUCCCUCGUUCUAUUGUUGCUCCUGCUUGGGAGCUGCCAUUCAGGCGCUCAAAAAAUGAGGAUCACCCAGAACCGUGGGAUCCAAAGUCAGUUGAGAUUGAUGUAGUAGAGUUAAUGGAAGGAGCACAAGAUUCAAGUAUUUUGCCACGCAUGCCAGGACCAGCAAAAGAUUUUGUUAGAGGGAGCAUUAAUAAUAGACCCUUCCGCCCGGGAGGUUUGGAUAAUUCACAAUCACGACAGGUUCUUCCAGAAGGAGCUCAAAAUGGCGAAUGGGUUAGGGAGAUCUUUGAUGGUGGCAUUGCGCAGUCUGUGCCUCCGAGUUUCAGAAUGGGUUCGGACUUGGGCUAUCUGAAGGGUUUUCCUUGCCAUUGGAAGCACAUGAGAGUGCAAAUCUCUUCACCAGACAUUUCAUUUGAGGAAAAUCCUGAUAAGCUGUCCGUUCAGUUUGAUGAUUUAUUCAAUAAAGCUUGGGAGAAAGAUGCCUAUGAAGAAGGAGAAGAUGAUGGUUUGAUGGAGUCAGAAGUUCAAAUAGAGGCGGCUUUGACUAAUGUUUCUAGAGAUGACACUGAACAUACGCUUGCUGAACCUGUGGAAGUGAAAACAAUAUCGAGUGAAAUAGUUGAGGUGAAGAGGCAGAAGGAAAGCGAGGUGUGGGCUUCUCCAGGUGGCAAUGAUGAGAUUGCUAAUCGAUUUCAUGAGCUUGUUCCUGAAAUGGCACUCGAUUUUCCGUUUCAGUUGGAUAAAUUUCAGAAGGAGGCUAUAUACUAUCUGGAAAAGGGUGAGUCUGUAUUUGUAGCAGCUCAUACAUCAGCUGGAAAGACAGUUGUUGCAGAGUACGCUUUUGCAUUAGCAUCAAAGCAUUGUACUCGUGCUGUCUACACUGCUCCUAUAAAAACCAUCAGCAAUCAGAAAUAUAGAGAUUUUUGCACCAAAUUUGAUGUAGGCCUUCUAACAGGUGAUAUUAGCUUGAGACCGGAGGCAUCAUGCCUUAUCAUGACUACUGAGAUCUUGCGGUCAAUGCUUUAUAGAGGUGCUGACAUAAUUCGUGAUAUUGAAUGGGUUAUAUUUGAUGAAGUUCAUUAUGUUAAUGAUGCUGAAAGAGGCGUGGUGUGGGAGGAGGUGAUCAUCAUGCUACCAAGACAUGUUAACAUUGUUCUACUUUCAGCCACUGUGCCAAACACAACUGAAUUUGCUGAUUGGAUUGGUCGCACAAAGCAAAAGAAAAUUCGUGUUCUGGGGACAUCAAAAAGACCUGUCCCCCUCGAGCACUGUUUAUUUUACUCUGGAGAAUUAUAUAGAGUAGGUGACAAUGAGGUUUUUCUGCCUCAAGCCUUUAGGGCAGCUAAGGAGGUGCAUAAGAAAAAGAAUUCUGGUUUGUCUGCAAGUAGUUCUGGGACAUACUUGGGUGGUGGACAUGGUGCAAAUCAAUCUCGGCAACGGGAAAAUUUUGGUAGUGUAAAAGGACAGAAGCACCCAAGAUCUCAAUCUGCAAUCAACUUUCCUGGAACUAGUGGAGCAAAUCAAAGUAAUUGGGGACAGAGGAAAUCAGAAUCUUCUUUUUGGUUGUUGCUGAUACACAAGCUAUUGAAAAAAUCCCUUUUGCCUGUGGUUAUCUUCUGCUUCUCAAAGAAUCGUUGUGACAAAUCAGCUGAUAACAUGACCAGUAUGGACCUUACCAGUAGUUCUGAAAAAAGUGAGAUUCGUAUAUUUUGUGACAAGGCUUUUUCACGAUUGAAAGGUUCUGACAGAAACCUACCUCAGAUUGUUCGAGUUCAAAGCCUGCUACGGAGGGGUAUUGGGGUGCACCAUGCUGGUCUUCUUCCAAUUGUGAAGGAAGUAGUUGAGAUGCUCUUCUGUCGUGGUGUCAUCAAGGUUUUAUUCUCCACUGAGACAUUUGCCAUGGGGGUCAAUGCUCCAGCAAGAACUGUUGUGUUUGAUUCUUUAAGGAAAUUUGAUGGAAAGGAUUUCAGGCAAUUGCUUCCAGGGGAAUAUAUUCAAAUGGCUGGACGUGCUGGUAGAAGAGGACUUGAUGACACUGGUACUGUUAUACUAAUGUGUCGUGAUGAUAUUCCAGAAGAGAGUGAUCUUAAGCAAGUCAUGUUUGGAAAACCAACUAGGCUUGAAUCUCAGUUUCGGCUAACCUACACCAUGAUUCUCCAUCUUCUUCGUGUCGAAGAACUUAAGGUAGAAGACAUGCUGAAAAGAAGCUUUGCUGAGUUCCAUGCUCAGAAGAACUUGCCUGAGAAGAAAAAAUUACUUCUUUUAAUGCUAUCUGAAACUAACAAAAUGAUAGAAUGUAUAAAAGGUGAACCUGCUAUUGAGGAAUACUUUGAGAUGACUCUACAAGCUGAAGCAUACAGGGAUCAUAUAUCAGAGGUAGUCAUGCAGUCCCAUUUGGCACAACCGUUUCUUUCACUUGGUAGAGUGGUGGUUGUUAAAUCGCAAUAUGAUGAUGAUCACUUACUAGGUGUAAUCGUUAAAACUCCAUCUAUUGCGCAUAAAAAGUAUGUUGUUCUGGUAUUGACAACAGAUAUGGCCUCAUCUUUGCAAUCUUCGGCAGCCCCCAUGGAUAAGUUUCAAGAGAAAGAAAAUAACAAUACUCCACAGGGUUAUUUCAUUCAACCUAAAGGAAAGAGGGGCAUGGAUGAAGAGUAUUUUACAUCAGUUAGCUCGCGAAAAGGAUCUGGUGUUAUAAAUAUAAAGUUGCCUGACCGUGGUAAUGCAGCUGGGAUGAACUAUGAAGUCAGAGAAAUUGAAAAUAAAGAAUUCAUUGGUAUUUGCCAUCCUAAAAUAAAAAUUGAUCAAGUAGGUCUUCUUGAGGAUCCAAAAAAUGCAGUUUACUCUAAAACUGUUCAGCAGCUGUUAGAACAUAGGCGUGAUGGAACUAACUAUCCCCCUCUUCUUGAUCCUGUAAAAGAUCUCAAGCUCAAAGAUGUGGUUGCUGUGGAGAGAUAUCACAUGCAUAAUAAAAUACUGCAAAAGAUGGCUGAGAACAAGUGUCAUGGAUGCAUUAAGUUGAAAGAGCACCUUCUGUUAUUGAAGGAACGGCAUAAACGCAUGGAAGAAGUCAACGCUUUGAAGUUCCAAAUGUCAGAUGAAGCACUGCAACAGAUGCCAGAUUUUCAGGGCAGAAUUGAUGUAUUGAAGGAAAUUCAUUGCAUUGAUUCUGAUCUGGUUGUCCAAAUCAAAGGGAGAGUGGCUUGUGAGAUGAACUCUGGGGAGGAAUUGAUAUGCACAGAGUGCUUGUUUGACAAUCAGUUCGAUGACCUAGAACCUGAAGAAGCUGUAGCAAUCAUGUCUGCAUUUGUUUUCCAACAGCAGAACACUUCUGAACCAACUCUUACUCCUAAGCUUGCUCAAGCGAAAAAGAGAUUGUAUGACACAGCAAUCAGACUUGGGGAACUUCAAUCCCAGUUCAAAUUGGCAGUCUAUCCCGAAGAAUACGCGAAAGAAAACCUCAAAUUUGGCCUCGUCCAAGUCGUUUAUGAAUGGGCAAAGGGAACUCCAUUUGCGAGUAUUUGUGAGCUCACUGACGUCCCCGAAGGUCUAAUUGUGAGGACAAUCGUUCGAUUGGAUGCCCGCGAUUUCCGAAAUGCCGCCUCAAUCAUGGGGAACUCUGCCCUCUAUAAAAAAAUGGAGGCAGCAUCCGAUGCUAUAAAGCGUGACAUUGUUUUUGCGGCGAGCUUGUACAUUACAGGAGUUUGAUUUAUUUACUUUUUUGGUGUCUGGUGUUUCUCUCUAUCUUAUAAUUAUUUUUUAUCUUUUGAAUUUACAUAAUCUGCAUAUUAGAUGCUGAAACUUGCAGCUCUUUUUUUUUUCUCUUUCUUUUUUUUAAUUCCAGCCUUUGAUGGUUGGA